AGCUUAAGUUCAUACCCAUUCCAAACCAAGCUUUUUCCCUACAAACCGUGUUCUUCCUGGGUUCUUAUCUUUCAUAUUUUUUUCUCUUUCUAAGCUCUUGAACCUACCAAGUACUUGAAAACAAUGGCUAAUUCACGCAUUGCAAAGUUCAUUAUAGAGGUUGCACCUCCACAAUACGUUACUGUCAUAAGGCAUAGAGCAUCAAAGAUGUUGGAUACAAUUAAUGAAGAGGAGAGAGAUGUUAGCCCAAGCAAUUCUAUUGCUGCUUCUCCUAGAACACCUACUUCUUCUGCUACCACUAGUGCUGCUACUGCUGCUGCAGCGGCCACUGCUGCCUCUAACUCCAAGUACUUUCCCAAAGGGGUUCAAAGAUCUUAUUUCUAUUUUUGAAAACUAAAAACUAUCCUUGUCUUUUUUAUUCUCUCUUUGUUUUUGGCUCUUCAAUUCUCUCCCUUUUAUUGUUUUUCAGUUAAGGGAGUGGAGGGGGAAUUUGGUUUUGGUGACUAAGAGUUGCUCAUAUUAAACAACAGAGCGACGGAAGGAGAGUCUACUGUAAUUUCAAUAUUGUACAUAGGAAAUUUUCAGUAAUAAUCACAAAGCUAGUUGAAUGAUUUUAAAUAAUUUACUUUUCUGAGUUUUCAAA